CCCACCACGUUGUAUCUCGUUACAUUGUUUUCCCCUCAUUUUAUCGCCAUCCAUGUAGAAGUGUCGCAGGGUAGACAUGAUCUUCACAGCCUCAGGAACCAACUGCAAUAGUAAUCUAGCGGUAUACUUUAACUCUGCGGAAUGGAAUCAGCGCUCAUCAUAUGUCAAUCAAAUCAACUUUGAACCUAAAGUUGAUUUGAUUGAGUGGAAUGGUUUGUGGUAUAGGCACUACCAGGCAUUAUGUUGAUGAUACGGGUAUCAUCUGGGAAAUAUAAUGGAUAAUGGACACGCUUGGAGCACAUUGGGUUUGAUAAACACGGCUGUGCUGAGGUCUUUUUAAUUAUUCAGAACGGUUAUUGUGCCUUUGAACCG